AUGGCUCAUCUUGCUAGAAGCAUUUUCAUCCUAUGGCUUCUUACUAUGCUUCCAUUUUUUGGCAACGUUUUAUCAAGGUCAUCGGAAAUAUCUGUGGCAAUUCAAAAUCUUCUAGAAGACCAGGACGAUCUAACGGUUCAUUGCAAAUCAAGAGAUGAUGAUAUUAGGGUGCAAUAUCUAAAGUCUCAUGAACAUUUCUUGUUCCAUUUUAGACCUAAUAUCUUUGGAACCACACUUUUCUAUUGUAGCUUUGCUUGGGAAGAUGGUGUUUGCCGUCGAUUUGAUAUAUAUGAAUAUGAUAGGGACAAAACUUAUACGGAUAUCACGUGGCAAAUAUUCAAAGAAGGACCUUGUAGGUUUAUUGAAAAUAAUGGUCAUGAUGAUAACACUACAAGAAAAAAGGCCGAUGGCUACGCUUUUUUUGAUAACAUUUGCUUUCAGUGGAGUCACGAUUCCUGUUGA